GGGCGCGGACAGGGUUGGCCGCCGCCGCAGCUGUUGCCUCCUCCGCUAGGCCGCCUCUCGGCUCCCCGGCGCCCCGCAUCCCCCACCCCAAACCGGACGACAGCGCGCCCGCCGCCGCCGCCGCCUCUCGGCCCUCCCAUGAUCGCCCAGUGCCUUUCGGCUGUGCGAGGCCUCCACAGUCCGCAGGCUGCAAGUGAUACAGCUUCAAAUGCAGCUAUACCAACAAAUGAAGAUACAUAACGCAGGUGUGAGAAGAAUAAAUUUUGUAGUUGGUGGUUCCAGGAUUUUAUUCAGAAUGACUUUAGGAAGAAAAGUGAUGUCUCCUCUUCAGGCAAUGUCUUCCUAUACUGUGGCUGGCAGAAAUGUUUUAAGAUGGGAUCUUUCACCAGAGCAAAUUAAAACAAGAACUGAGGAGCUCAUCGUGCAGACCAAACAGGUGUACGAUGCUAUUGGAAUGCUUGAUGUUGAGGAAGUAACUUAUGAGAACUGUUUGCAGGCACUGGCAGAUGUAGAAGUGAAGUAUAUAGUUUAUAAUUUACCCGUGCACUAUUAUAACAGAAAUGGUUGUCACACUCUUUCAUUUCAGGAAACAUGUGAUCUGAGUAAGAUAAAACCUGAAGCCAGAAGAUACUUGGAAAAGUCCAUUAAAAUGGGAAAAAGGAAUGGGCUCCAUCUUCCAGAACAAGUACAAAAUGAAAUCAAAGCAAUGAAGAAAAGAAUGAGUGAGCUAUGUAUUGACUUCAACAAAAACCUCAAUGAGGACGAUACCUUCCUUGUAUUUUCCAAGGCUGAACUUGGUGCUCUUCCUGAUGAUUUCAUUGACAGUUUAGAAAAGACAGAUGAUGACAAGUAUAAAAUUACCUUAAAAUAUCCACACUACUUUCCUGUCAUGAAGAAAUGUUGUAUCCCUGAAACUAGAAGGAAGAUGGAAAUGGCAUUUAAUACAAGGUGCAAAGAGGAAAACACCGUAAUUCUGCAGCAGCUACUCCCACUACGGGCCAAAGUAGCCAAACUCCUCGGCUAUAGCACACAUGCUGACUUUGUCCUCGAAAUGAACACCGCAAAGCGUACAAGCCAUGUAACAGCCUUUCUAGAUGAUUUAAGCCAGAAAUUAAAACCAUUGGGUGAGGCAGAGCGAGAGUUUAUUUUGAAUUUGAAGAAAAAGGAAUGUGAAGAGAAAGGUUUUGAAUAUGAUGGGAAAAUCAAUGCCUGGGACCUACAUUACUACAUGACUCAGACAGAAGAACUCAAGUACUCCAUAGAUCAAGAGAUCCUCAAGGAAUACUUCCCAAUUGAAGUGGUCACUGAAGGCUUGCUGAACAUCUACCAGGAGCUGUUGGGUCUUUCAUUUGAGCAAGUGGCAGAUGCUCAUGUAUGGAAUAAAAGUGUGACACUUUACACUGUGAAGGAUAAAGCCACAGGAGAAGUUUUGGGACAGUUCUACCUGGACCUCUAUCCAAGGGAAGGAAAGUACAACCACGCAGCCUGCUUUGGUCUUCAGCCUGGCUGCCUCCUUCCUGAUGGGAGCCGCAUGAUGUCGGUGGCUGCCCUCGUGGUGAACUUCUCGCAGCCAACAGCAGGCCGUCCCUCUCUCCUGAGGCACGAUGAGGUGCGGACUUACUUCCAUGAAUUUGGUCAUGUCAUGCAUCAGAUUUGUGCACAAACUGAUUUUGCACGGUUUAGUGGAACAAAUGUGGAAACUGACUUUGUAGAGGUGCCAUCCCAAAUGCUUGAAAAUUGGGUAUGGGACAUGGAUUCCCUCCGAAGAUUGUCAAAACAUUAUAAAGAUGGAAGCCCUAUUAUGGAUGAUCUGCUUGAAAAACUUGUUGCUUCCAGACUGGUCAACACAGGUCUUCUGACCUUACGCCAGAUUGUUUUGAGCAAAGUUGACCAGUCUCUCCAUACGGACGCAUCGCUGGACGCUGCAAGUGAAUAUGCCAAAUACUGCACUGAGGUUUUAGGUGUUGCUGCUACUCCAGGCACAAAUAUGCCAGCCACUUUUGGACAUUUGGCAGGGGGAUAUGAUGGCCAAUAUUAUGGAUAUCUUUGGAGUGAAGUAUUUUCCAUGGACAUGUUUUACAGCUGUUUUAAAAAAGAAGGGAUAAUGAAUCCAGAGGUUGGAAUGAAAUACAGAAACCUAAUCCUGAAACCUGGGGGAUCUCUGGACGGCAUGGACAUGCUCCAGAAUUUCUUGAAACGUGAGCCAAACCAGAAAGCGUUCCUAAUGAGUAGAGGCCUGCAUGCUCCUUAAACUGGGGAUCUUUGGUAGCAGUCCAUGUCUGGAGGAGAAGUUGACAUCGCCAUGUGUUACUGGCCUGGAAACUGAAGGGAGUUUUACAAAUGAAAGUUUAGAUCUCUAUUGACUGCCUUUUGUUUUCGCUUUGAAAAAUUUUGCAGAUGUAAAUGGAACUAUAAAUACCAUGACCUAAGCAAACACCCAUUAGAAAAUAAUUGUACUAUAAAAUUUCAUAAAAAUGGAUUUGAUUUCUUUUUAUAAAAGUUUCAUAUGAAUGUAAUUUGAUUUUUUACUAUUGUACUCUAGAUAAUAUAAUGUAAGAGGGCUAAGAAUUUUUAAAUUGAAUCAUAUACAUUAUAUAAUUUGAUCCUUCUUAUAUCUUAAAACUUUGUACUUGAGAUUUCUGGACUGAUAAUGAAUCAUCACAUUCCUCUGGUAAAUAUUUUCUUGGAGCCCUGCAUCACCUUUGACCCUCUGUCUCAUGGUAAAGUGUGACCUCUUUGCCCACAUACCUCAGGGCCAGGGGAUUAUGUCUCAGUAAUGCAUUUAUCUUUGCAUAUCAGGUCUUACGAUUUCCACCUUUCUGCGACACUUAAAUUAUGUUCCACCAUUGGGGUUUAUCUUUUCUGAAGUCCUGUCAGAGAGUACCAAAAAAAGUACGAGUUUUAACUGAACUGGCCUAAUGUGUAUUGUUUCUGUAUCUUGUGUUAGAGGAUUUUCGAUCUUGUAUUAGAGGUUCCUUUCCACCUCAGCAUAUGAAGAUUGUUAGUCUUUCGGCAUAUUUGCCAACUAGAGCACUGAAGCAGGUCCAAGGAUGUGUUUCUCCUCUCAUGUUCUGGUCAGUGGUAGGGACUUUGCCUCCUUUAUCUCCUCCACAGUGGCAGAUACACAUGUUGCAAAUGGCUGUGUAGUGAAGAGAACUAGAGCUCAUGUCGGGCAGAAAGAGUUCAGAAACUCCAGAAGAGGAGUAAGUUCUGGACAGAAGUGUUUGAGGACGGCUGAUCCAAAGUGUUAUGUGUUCUUUAACUGAGCCACAGGGAGGAGGCUCUUCGUAGCCUAUCUUGUCUGGUGAUUUUUAUUUUAAGUGAAACUUUGGAUCUCUCUUUAACUUUCUUUUUUGAGUCUAACUUCUACAGUAGACCAAUAAACUUACAGUACUUACUUUUCCCUAGGAGUCUACUCAAUAAGGAAACCAAAACAGGAUAAUAAAAAAAAAUUUUAAUUAAAAAUCCAAACUCUGAAUGUACUCUGAUAGGUCUUUCCAGUUGUUUUCCACUGUGUAUCUGAGGUAUGACUUUGCUGGUGAGGUACAAAAUUAGACAAAUGGACUGUGUGCUAAAUAAAAACAUAUAUACAUAUAUUUAUUAUGCUGCAUAAUAAAAUUACAGACAGUGGGAAAAAAUAAGAGCUCAGACAACACAGAGAAAAUUCUAAGAUUAUUAUUGCCAAGCACAUGCAUUAAACAUGCACAUGAAAUCUUACCCUCCCCCUGAGACAAUUGCGUGGCCCUUCUCUCCACCAAAGUAGUUUUUUUUUUUUAACUUGUGGUACUUUUCUCGUAUCUUUUGUUUUUCCCCCAGACUGUUCUGUUUUCCAGUUUCAGACAAAAACUCUCUUCAGCUUUUUCUAUUGCCUUUCUGUGUGUCUCCUUAACAAUAACUUUAUCACUUUAAAUCUUACUUCACAUGGAAAAAUAAUACUUAGUGUGAAAAAGGCUGCACACAAUAAAGUUGCAUUAUUAUCCAUGA